AAACAAUGAUAUUGUAGGUCAAACGUGACAAAAAAUGAAAAUACUCAAAAAAGCCACUACAAUUUACUGUUGACUUAAUUUCAAAGAAAAAAUACAACCUGGAACUUCGUAGAAAAUGUUGGAUAAACGGAAAUCCACUUGUGGUCAAACACCUGAGGCUUUUACGUGUCAACUUUGUAAUUUCAAAACAGAUUUCAAGAUUAUUUUGCAUUACCACGUCAGAAAUGUACACAAGAAUUUGCAUAAAAAUGAAAAGACAUUAUUUAAAAAAAUCGUAAAAUAUAAAUGCAAGUGUAAUUUUGCAACCUACUCAGUAUUACUUUGGUUCAAACAUAAUGUUAGAAAAAACUUAGAUAUGAAGGAAUUUACUAAAGUUUACAGAUUUGAAUGCACAUUUUGUCCAUUCAAAGCUGCCCAAAAAGUGACACUACAACUUCAUAUCCGUAACAGGCAUACCCCCUCUGAAGAAAUAAAAUGGUUGUGCUGUUCACAAUGUGUCUUUAAAACCAAAUCCAAGUCAUCAUUAUUAAGGCACACUAGUGUCAUACACGAAAACACUGAUGCUCUUCAAUGGUUCAGCUGUGAUCUGUGCAACUACAAAACUCAACAAGAGAUGAAUUUAAAAAGACACAAAAAUUACAAUCAUUCAUCUCCCGAACAUACAGUCUGGCAUAACUGUCCGAAAUGUGAAUACAAAACGAAACAUCGAGGUGACUUGAAACUCCACUUAAGAAGACGACAUACGGAAUUCAAAUAUGAGUGUACUCUCUGUCCGUUCAAAGCAAAUAAAGGAUGUACAUUGAAAUACCACAUGAUUAACAAACAUACUCCACCUGAGGAAAAAGAAUGGUUGCAUUGUCCGAAAUGUAAUUUUAGAACUACAAUUCAACCCUCAUUAACAAGACAUUUGAAACUGAGACACAGAAGCGACGAACCUGAUUAUAUCACUUGUGAUUCCUGCAAUGACAAGAUUCAACAAAAUUUGAAAAAACUCAAGUCUGAAGAAUUGUAUGAAUGUACAGAAUGUAGCUUCAAAAGUGGACACUCAAUGGUCCUGAAAUGCCACAUGAUAAGACAACAUGCAAUCCCACAUGAUGCAGAGUGGUACAAUUGUGCCCAUUGCAGUUACCGUUCCAAAACAAGAUCAGAUAUAUUGUCACACAUUCGAUUAAAACAUACAAAAGAGAAACCAGGAAAUCAAACUGGCAUCUAUUUCACUUGCAAUUUCUGUUCUCUUCGAACAAUAUAUCCUCGUGCUCUUGAUCAACAUGUCAUCCGAUGCCACACUGCACCUGAAGAAAUCCACUGGUUUGAAUGUGAUCAAUGCAGCUAUAAGGGAAAAUGCAAGGAGUAUCUCAGUCAUCACAAAAAAAUGCAUCAUUCUGAUACUAGUGAUAAGAAAUUCUCAUGCAAUAUCUGUCAGUUUAAGACGACUGUUGAGGAAGCUUUGAAGAGACAUAUCACACAAACCCACUCUUCAGGGAAAUUGUUGCUUGAAUGUCCUCACUGUUUUUUCACGACGAGAUAUCAGGUACAUCUGAAACAACAUAUUGUAAGAGAACAUACCGACCCUGAAAAAGUCGAAUGGUUUACAUGUAAUGAUUGCGAUUAUAAAGCAAAGGUUAAGGGAUAUUUGGCUAGACAUAUUAAAAUAAUUCAUGAAAAUAAUGACAAGAAAAUGUUUAGUUGCGAUUUGUGCGAUUACAAGUCGACAACAAAAUGGAAUGUUAAGAGGCAUAAGGUUUCCAUGCAUUCAACUGAAAAGAAGUGACUCAAGUGUAAAUUGCAGUUUUGCCACCCUAGCUUAAUUGAAGUCUUGAACUGAUAACCACAAAAUUACUUCAAACAUUUACCUUUACAUUAUAGUUAUUACUUAAAUUUGUGAUAUUUUUUAUAUUAAUUACUCAACAAAAAAAAUGUAAUAAAAAUUUAUUCACGGUUACAAACAAAACAAACGUAUUUUAGAUGUAAGUGUAUAAAAACAUUAAAAAUAAUAAACGAAAAUUUAAGAAAAAAAACCUAACUAAAAACUUUACUUUGUUUACAUCUUUUCAUAUCACCAAUUAUUUUUACCAAUCAGUUCUUUGGUAUGUAAAAAUCCAGCAAGAACAUCAGUUAAAAAACUAUUACAGGUUUUAGUUUUAUUUAGACUGAUAUUAGAAUAAAUCCUUUCCACAUUGACAGUGCUAUGAGGCAAACUAAGUAAAUUU